AUGGCCGCGAGUCCGCCAACAACAGGCAUGCCCAACUUCCGCUUCAAGCUGCCCUCGCGCAACUGGAUCAUCUUCCUGACCGUCACGGGCUCGUGGACCGCGGCGCUGUGGUACGACCGGCGGCAGAAGAAGCGCAUCCAGCAAGACUACUGCGACGCCGUCGCCCACCUGGCCCGCGAGCCGCUCGCCACCAACGAGAUGCAGCGCCGCAUGACCGUCUACCUGGCCGGCCCGCCCGCCGACGGCCUCAUGGGCGCCCGCGAGCACUUCAUCGAGUACGUCAAGCCGAUCCUGGUCGCCGCGGCCAUGGACUGGGAGGCCGUCGAGGGCCGGAGGGAGGGCGACGUGCGCGCGCAGACGGCGGAGAAGGUGCGGCGGCUGAGGAAGGCGGGGGGCGAGGCGAGCGCGGCGCCCGAAGAAGAGGACGAGGAUACGGAGAGCGUGGUGUUGAACGCGAGGGCGCGGGUGGGGGUGAAGGAGUGGCAGGGCGUGCAGGGCGAUAUCGUCAUCGGCAGGAACACAUGGAAGGAGUACGUGCGUGGCCUGCACGAGGGCUGGCUGGGACCUCUGGACCCGCCGCCGCCGCCGUCGCCGUCGCCACUGCCGCCUGCUGCCCAGGACGGAAUCCCCCCUGCAGCUCUGGACGACGCCUCGCCGUCCGCACAGCAGCAGCAGACGCCGUCGUCCGAGGAGGAGCAGCAGCAGCAGCAGCAGCAGCAGCAGAAGCAGAAGCCAGCAGCAGAGGAGCACCAAAAGACCGAAGAAGAGCGGCAAAAGGAGGAAGAAGAGGAAAAGAAGAAGAAGAAGCGCGCCCAGCCCCCUCCCUACAACUCGCCCACCGACUACGCCUCGGCCGCCCUCUCCCCCAACUGCCCGCCCCAGCUCGCCCCCUCGGCGCCCAUCCCCUACCCGCACAUCCUCGGCUUCCUCAACACCCCCCUCCGCAUGUGGCGCUUCCUCAACCGCCGCGCCCUCGCCGACGAGAUCGGCGCCCAGGUCGCCGCCGCCGUGCUCGCCGCCCACCGGCCGUACGGCGGCGCUCCCCCCGAGACCGAGUUCGCCGAGGAGCGCGUCGCGCCUGUCGGCGAGGUGGACGGUGAUGAGCGGUGGGAGCAGCAGCGCGUGCUGAAGGGAGAGGAGAAGGAGUGGCACAAGAGCGUGAGGAAGGAGGCGGCGAAGAAGAAGGAGGAGGAGGGCAAGGAGAGCGUCUGGUGCGAUGAGCUGGUCGUCGAUCCGCGGAUCGCCGGCAGGAUGAGGCGGUUCGUCUUGAGCGAGGCCGAGAAGGCGAGAGUGAAGAGGAUCAACAAUGGUGUGGAGGGCGUGCUGGGGCAGGAUAAGGGGGACGAGGAGUAA